AUUCAAUUCAAAUUGCGUUAUAGUAAUUAUUAGUCUGAGCUGAAGUUGCUCUCACAUGAGCGAUGAGUCUUCUACUCCAAUGUCCAUCAAUGUGUUACAGGGAUGACCACUAAAACAACGUGUCAACUAAUGAUUGGUCGAGCUCUCGUGUCAAAUAUUUCUGCUAUUCCACAUGUAAUAGAGGAGGAAGUAUACAUAGUCACUGUUUUCUCAUGAACUUUUUCAAUUUGAGAAGAGAUCAAGAAAGUGCAAAGAGAAAUGGGUGAGAAGGAGUUGCAAAUGCCAGUCAAAAAGCUCUUCUUAUGGGUGCGAAGGCAGUCAAAAAAUGUUAAGAUUUUCUUAGGUGUCGUCACAUCAUUGGCUUUAGUGGUGAUUCUCAAGUUCUUCAUAAAAAAACACAAUCACUUCUUCGUUUUGGCAGAGUUUGUUCAUUUCGUUGGACUCUUAUGUUUGAUUUACAAGUUGUCUACCCUCAAGACUUGCUCUGGCAUUUCAUUGAAGACUCAAGUGGUUACAGAGAUAUUUUUAGGUGUAAGAUUGUUUUGUGGUUACAUCAUGUCAGCACCUAUACACUUUCUUCUAGAUCUUGUUACACUUGUGGCAACAUUUUGGGUCAUACGUAUGAUGAAAAAGUCCAAGUUGAAGUCUUCCUACAUGGCUGAUCUGGAUAGCAUGCCCUUGUGGCAUUUGAUGGCGCCGUGUGCUGUUGUAGCUAUUCUUAUCCAUCCUCAUACGCGUCACUCUAUAUUAACUGAUGUGCUUUGGGCUUUUUCUUCAUAUCUGGAAGCCAUCUCUGUACUGCCUCAGCUUCGCUUGAUGCAGAAUGUUCAGAUAAUCGAGCCAUUUACAGCCCAUUAUGUUUUUGCAUUGGGUAUUCAAAGAUUCUUGACUUGUGCUCAUUGGAUUGUUCAGGUGUAUGACACUAGUGGAGCAUAUCUGUAUUUGGCUGGAAGGGGAUACUUGUGGAUACCAAUGGUCUUUAUCUCAGAAAUUGUUCAAACGUUUAUCCUGGCUGAUUUCUGUUAUUAUUACAUAAAGAGUGUCAUGAGCGGUCAACUUUUGGUUCGCCUGCCAACGCCUGUGUAAAAGCUCUGAUGACUGCACCAAAUGUGCUUCUUUUAAGUUUGGAGCUUUUACUUUAUUUUAUAGUUUUUUUUUAGUUUUCUCUUUACCCUUGCUCCACUAGUACCAAUGCAACUGAAUAAUA